CAGUAGGUAGUAUUUAGUUGGCUAGGGGUGUUGUGAUAAGAGAGAUGACAGAAUUUCUCUCUCUCUCUCGACUCGUCUCUUUAGGGUCUGUCCAACCUCCUCUAACCUUCACCAAUUCAGAGCUUAAAGGGAUCCUUUAGUACUUCUUCACGACCAGAACUCUUUGUGCAUCUUUUCACGGUGGAGCCCUGCCCAUGGAAGGAGAAGCCCCACCACUACUGCCACCAUUGUCGUCCCACAAUAACCCAUCUUACAUCUUGACACCCUCACUUGCAUCCACGUCAUUGCACCCUCCUCUUCUUUAUCAACCUUAUAACCUGCUGCAAGGUUCCAAUAUCCUACCAGACAUCGACUGGGUUAGCCUCCUCUCUUCGCCAUUUGGAUUUGGCGAUCUGCAGAAGCCACUCUUGUCGAAUGCAGAUGUGACAACUAGAACUGGAAAUAAAGCCGAAGAUGAAAAGAGUGGUAAAGAUAAGGUAAAAUCGAGCAGGAUGAAGAAGGCAAGUCGGCCGAGGUUUGCGUUCCAGACGCGGAGCACAGAAGAUAUUCUCGAUGAUGGUUACCGCUGGAGGAAAUACGGGCAGAAAGCUGUGAAGAACAGCAACUUUCCCAGGAGUUAUUAUCGCUGCACGCAUCAUACAUGCAAUGUGAAGAAGCAGGUUCAACGACUGUCAAAGGACACAAGCAUCGUCGUGACAACAUAUGAAGGCAUACACAACCAUCCAUGUGAGAAACUAAUGGAGAGUUUGAGUCCUCUUCUGAAGCAAAUACAGUUCCUCUCUAGGUUUUAAGCCUACACCUUCCAUUUUAUGGCCUUAACAUAUGCAACUAAAACCAUCUUCACGUGUGAAUUAUGAAAUCAUGUAUAAAUUAUACAUGAAACAGAAAAAUCUGUAUUUGAAAUAUCAAUGUUGAUGUUGGGGAUUCCUUCAAA